GAGAUCCCACAUUGAUCAGCAGAAGCAGCUGUAUUUAACACCGCCACUGUGUGCGACAGCAACACUUGACCUCUGCACGCAGAAGGACAUCUCCGAAGAGGAUGAGGUUGUUGCUGUUUUUCCUGGUGUGGUGCACCGUUCAGACCCUUGGAGAGGUGGAUCUGAACUUCAGCAAAUGUUCUGAGUUCUUCUACAACCGCUCACCACCUAAAGGCCUAACAAGGACGGAGUAUCAGCCCAUAUGUCAGCGCUUCAGGAACCAGUACCACUUCGCCAGCUUGUACGAUCGCGUGCGUCGCACCCCGCUGUUCUCCGCCUAUGUGAUCAGUGUUCCCGAUGGCCGACGUCCCAAGUCCACGUGGAUGAAAGAACCGCAGCUGUCGUUUUCCCGCGCUGACCCCGAAAUGAGACAAUUUGGUGUCCCCGUGGACCAGAAUGUCCUGGAGAGCCAAGCGGUUCCGGACGACUACAGGCACUCCAACUACACCAAAGGCCAUCUCAACCCCAGCAUGCACAUGAACAGUUCCGAGAGCCGGAAAGCCACUUUCACCCUCACUAACAUCGUGCCGCAGAAGGCCGGAUCUAACUCCGGCACCUGGAACAUUCUCGAGAACGAAGUGCUGAAACGGUUCAAGAGUUUCUGUGAGGGCCCCAUGUACAUGAUCACAGGGGUGUUACCCUACGCAUCUGUAGGCCGGCACAUCAACAACAGGGUGGGCGUGCCCGAGUACCUGUGGUCCGCCUACUGCUGCCCCUCCUACAGGUCGGAUCUGCCCGAGUCUGCGCGGCAUCUUUUCCCCACUUACGCUGCUCUGGGAAGAAAUGAUCCCAGCAGCGGGGAGGAGUUUGUCCCGGUUAACGUAUCAGCCAAGAGAGCGAUGCGCCACUACGACGUGAGGCAGAUGUCUUUAACAAGUCUGGAAGGCAUCCUGGCUCAGCGGCUGAACUCACCUGUCUCCCUGUUUGAUGGUCAGUGUCUCACCGGGCCGGACCAAUGAUCCACUCAUAUUUGUGUGAUUCAUUCUUUACGAGUGUAUGAGGCUGUGUUGUAACCACUAGAGAGAACUGAAAGAGAGACUGCUGAUUCACCAACAAAACAAAAGAUGAAUGGAGCUAAUGCAGUUUUAUUUUCUUCUUCUUUCACUUGCUGUUAACACGUGUUUAUUUCUCUGCUCUGACUAUGUAUAA